AUGUUUUAUCGAAAAAAGUAUAACUUUUUAAGUGAAAUUUUAAAUAAGUAUGAUACUUUCGAUAAUCCUGUGUCUAAUAAAGAUGUAAAUGUUGAUAUUUUAAAUUUAUGUGAUGAAUACAAAACAUUUAAUUCUAAUCUUACACCAGAGCAAAAAGACACAUGUAAGAAACUUUUAAGAAACUUGUUUUUAUGUAAUGAUACCAAAAAAGUUAAUCCUAUAAAAUGCUGUAGUGCUUUAAAUUUCUGGUUAUAUUUUGAAAUAAAAAAAUAUAGCUUUUCCAAAGAUAUUAUCGAGAUGAUUUAUGAUUUACCUUAUGGGAGAGAAAAUAAUGUGGCUAAUUAUGGUUAUUGUCCUCCUUAUAAUUUAUCUAAUGAUAACCUCGAUAAAACCGAGGAAUUACUAAAAUUGAGUAUAUUUAUUGUCAAUAUAGAUGAAUUUCAAAAUUUAUUAAAUAGUUAUACGGAUAAUUUUAAAAAAUGCUUUCUCAAAAAAUAUUUUUAUGAAUGCGUUAAUACAUACAAUGUUUUGAAAGAGCAAUACUGUUCUGAAGAAUGA